AUGGCCCUCUCCAGACAUGUCGACGCCGACAAACUCAUUCAAGAGGCCCGCGACCACCCCAUCAGGAAACACUUUCACGACAGAGCGACAGUCUACGACAACCCCUAUACAUCUCGCUAUGAUGUAGACGUCGAGGUGCCCAGGUUUACCAUGCCCUCUGCGGGCGUCAACUCCAAGACUGCCUACCAGCUCUUGCACGACGAGCUCAUGCUCGAUGGCAACCCCAACAUGAACCUCGCCUCCUUUGUCCACACUUGGGUCCCCGACGAAGCCGAGACGCUCAUCACGGAAAACAUCUACAAGAACCUCGUCGACCAGGACGAGUACCCCGCUUCCCAAGCUGUCCAUGAGCGCUGCAUCUCCAUGCUGUCAAACCUCUGGCACGCCCCCAAAGGCGCCACCGCUAUGGGCACCGCAACCACGGGUUCCUCCGAGGCCAUCAUGCUCGGAGGCUUGGCUCUGAAGCGCCGAUGGCAGGACAAGAUGAAGGCGCAGGGCAAGGAUAUCCACAAGCCUGGGCCCAAUAUUAUCAUGGGUGCCGAGGCGCAGGUGGCGCUGGAAAAGUUUGCAAGGUACUUUGAGGUUGAGGCGAGGCUUGUGCCGAUCAAGAAAGAGGGAAGCUAUGUGAUGGAUCCUAAAGAUGCUAUCAAGUACGCCGACGAGAACACCAUCGGUGUCUUUGUCAUCCUCGGAUCCACCUACACCGGAGCCUUCGAGUCUGUCCAAGGCAUGGCCAAGGAGCUCGACGCUUUCCAGGAAAAGACCGGCAUCGACAUUCCCAUCCACGUCGACGGUGCUUCCGGCGGUUUCGUCGCACCAUUCGCAUACCCCAACUAUGUCUGGGAUUUCAAAGUCCCCCGAGUGCUCAGUAUCAACGCCUCUGGUCACAAGUACGGCAUGUCCACCGUCGGUGUCGGAUGGAUCAUCUGGCGUUCCGCCGAAUACCUCCCCAAAGACUUGAUAUUUGAACUCCACUACCUCGGUGCUACCGACUACUCAUUCAACCUCAACUUCUCACGCCCCGCCCACCCCAUCCUCGCCCAAAUGUUUACAUUCCUCAACCUCGGUUUCGCAGGGUACAAACGUAUCAUGGACAACAACCUCGCCAAAGCACGUCUCAUCUCCCGCGCGCUCGAGUAUUCUGGGUACUUUACUUGUCUCUCGCAGAUUCACCGCCCGAAGGGCCUUGUCGAUGACGGGGCAAAGCCGGGGAUUGGUGAGACUGUGGGCCAUAUCGCUAGCGAGGCGGUACACGGCAAAGCACCUGGCCUCGACGAUGCAGAGUACUAUAUUGAAGGUCUUCCUGUCGUUUCGUUCCGUUUCUCGGACGAUUUCAAGGCCAAGUAUCCGGGUGUGAAGCAGGAGUGGAUUCAGAUGCAGCUCCGAGCUUUUGGGUGGAUUGUGCCCAACUAUCCUCUUGCGCCGGAUUGUGAGGAUACCGAAAUCCUGCGUGCAGUCGUGCGAGAAUCACUCUCAGGCGACCUCGCCCGCAAACUCGUCCAAGACAUCAUCCAAGUUGUGGAAGACCUCAUCAACGACGCCGGACCUUCCUACUCCAUGUCUACCGCCGUGCGCCACCAAAAGCGCGAAGACCACGGCAACCUCACCGAACUCGUGGACAAGCUGCAUAUCAAGAAGAAUACUUCUACUUAUGCCAAGCCUUGUUAA